AUGAUGUUGAAUGAUUCAUCUAAAGAUGUAACUGACAACAUCACAAACACAGACGAUCAUAAGGAGAACAACAACACUAGUCAUGAUGAUGAACGAGUGCUUCCACCACAUCAAAUAGACAACGAAAUCAAUGAUGUCAUCUUUGAGAAUUCACCUUUGGAUCAAUACUUGCAAUCAUUACUAGAACAAUCUUUAUUGGAUGAUACACAUACAGACUUGCGAGGUGACCUAAUCAAUUUCGAACAAAUGGUACAGGAUAAUCAACUACAAGUAGACAAUCAAGAGCAAGAAGAAACAUCAGAUGAUGUUGGUACCAAUAACGAUAAAGAUACAACAACAACUACAACGAUAAUGAUAAACGUUGAAAAGUAUAACAACACAGAGAUUGAUAUGAUGUGUAUCUAUCGGGACAUGGUAUCAAAGAUAUGGAAUGGUGAAAUGCUUCAUCCAUUGGAAUCACCCUUUGAAAAUAUAUCAUUGAUUUCCAACAACAACAACAAUAACAACAACAAUAACAAUAACAAUAAUAACAACAAUUCACUGUCUCAAGUAUCAUCUCUACUUCCACCACUCUACAUUCCAAUCGAUAGUGAUAUGGUUACAAGUGAGUUUUAUAAAGUUGAUUACAACUCUAUAUGGAAAUUCAUUCAAUAUCGUUUAUCACAAAUCAAAAAUAGAAUGCGUGGGCAGGACAGUAACAUGACCAGGUUAGGAGUUAUUACUAUUUUAAUCUUUAUCAUAUCUUUUCUUCUGGUUGGAUCAUCGUUUGGUUACAUUUUAACAACAUUACUUGUCUCAUUGGUUAUAAUACUGUCAUAUGAUAUAUAUCAACAAGGUGUUGUUGGAACCAAUAUCAUGUUAAAAGGUUCAAAGAAAUCAAUUACUCUAAUCGAUCAGAUUAUUACCAAUUCAACUAAGCACUUUGAUUCCAUUUCAAGUUCCAUUCAAUUAAUUCGUGAAAUUGAAUUAAUUUCAAAAGGUUAUAGAUUUUCAUCACCAUUAAUACCAAUAGAAAGAUUAGAGAAUGAAUCAAAAUCACAAAAGUCAAUAGUAAUUAGAGCAUCUGUUGUAUCAUCAAUUAGAAAAUCAACCAAUUUAGUGCAAACUAUUAUAGAUGAUAUGGUAUCGAAAAGUAGUUAUCUCCAAACCAAUGGAAACCAUUUAUUUUUAAAGAUUGAUAUUCCAGAUUUAUUUCAAGUGAUUGAUAGUAGUGACACCAAUGGUGAUGAUGAUCAAACUAGAGAUAUCAAUAUAUCAAUAUUGGAUAUUAAAACAAUGUUUCAUCACUACCAAAUCACUAUAUCUAAUUUAUUUACUAUUUUAAUUUUGGAAUCUUCAAAUAUUUAUAAUAUUCAAUAUUUAUUAAAUCAUUCAAUUGGAAACCAACUUUAUGAUUCAAUUUACAGGAUUAAAGAAUUUAAUUCAUUUAUUAAUUUAAAAUUUGAACAAUUAAAUCAAACUAUCAAGAUUGAAUUGGCAACACUUAAAAAUACGCUAUCAAAUGAAAUUUGGGAGAAUAAAAUACCAAAGAGAAUAGUAUUAAAUAGACCAAAAAGAUCGAUGAUACAAUCUCUACUUUAUUCAAAUGAUCAAAUUACAAACUCUUUAAAUAAUAUUAUCAAUCCGUCUCUGUCAAGAUUAAAUGAUAAACUUUUACCUAUGAGUCAAAGAAGAAAUAGUAAUGGUACAACUGAUGAUGGCGAUAAUAUGGAUAUUGUAGAUGACAAUCAAAUAUCAAUGUCUGAUAUCGUUUCAUUGGAUGAUAUGGUAUCUGAUUUUAUGGUUAUCAAGGAGGAGUUGACAAACUCACUUCAUCAUUGGGAAAUGUCACAUCGAUCAUUUGUUAAAAUCCUGCGCGCCAUUCCAAUCGAUGGUAAUCUUCCCGAGUUGGGCGAAGAUGAUGCUAAGGAAAGAGUGGUCAAACUAUUAAAUAUUCUUAGAGGUAAUAGUAAUGAUCGAGAAGAAUCGCCAAUCAAUGAAAAGGAUCAAUCAUCAUCUGAUCAACACCUAUUUGAUACAACUCAAGAGGAAGAUGAAAGAAUAUUCGAAGCAUCAGGUGAAAAAGAUGAUUUUGAUUUAUUAUUACAAGAUCCAAAACUAAAUCAACAAGAAACAACACCAACUACCAAUAUCAAUAUAGAAGAUACAGCAUCAAUACUUCUUACUCCACCUCUUCCUCCUCCUCCACCACCACCUCCAAUGGGAUUGCCAAGGAAAAAUCCACCUGCAAAGCGUACAGUUUAUGAUCCAUUAUAUAUUGCAAAACAAAACAAAUUACAACAACAAGAGACUACUAUGGCUGCUAAACAAGAAGAAGAAGUGGAAAAACAAACAAUAGACAACAAGACUAAACCCAAAAAGAAACAUCAAACAUUGGAUUAUUAUAGAAAAGAGACUCCUCCAUCAGAAUUUACAGUUAUAAGUGAAUUAAGAACAGUUUUGGAUAUUCUUAAAACAAAUAAAGAAGCCAAGAAAAAAUAG